CCUUUGUCCGUUUCGCUUCCUUCUCGCGAAAUUAGGGUUUCACAAUCCGUCUUCGCCCUCUCUCCUCUGCCGGCUUCAAGAGGAAGGAAGCCAGCGGGUAUUCUACUUCUGGGCAGCGGAUCAUCGUCUCGGAAACGCUUCCUUCCCCCUCUCGUAUAUCAGAUCUUCGAUCCCUUCGAGCAGAGGAUUCCAUCCUGUCUCGGCACAGUGUCAAGCCCGAUCAUAUCGCAUCCUGCUUUUAAUUUAUAGAACAUCAGAUAGUUGCUUUGAGGAACAUUUGUUUGUUCCAUUCAUAUUCAAUCAAGUAGUAUGCCGAAGGAAAGGAGGACCCGUUCUGCAUCCUUUGAACGAAGAUCUCGUGGGUCACCUUUCCCAUGCAGCUCGUCCUGCGAUCGUAGGCAUUCUUCUUCUUCUUCUUCUUCUUCGGCCUCUUGCAGACCUUGUGAAUCUAGUGUUCCAUCCGCCAAGGACACGAAGGAGUGGGAGGAGAUCCAUUGCCCUGUGUGCAUGGAGCACCCUCACAAUGCUGUUCUCCUUCUCUGCGCCUCCCGGGAGAAGGGUUGUCGCGCUUUCAUGUGCGACACCAGCUACCGCCAUUCUAAUUGCCUGGACCAGUACCGCAAGUCAUUUUCUGAAUCCCAACCGUCUCAACAGGGUGCCGAGGGUCAACAGCCGGAAAAGCUCUUGUGCCCUCUGUGCCGUGGGCUCGUUACUGGCUGGACCGUGGUGGAGCCUGCACGCCAGUAUCUCAAUGCUAAGAUCCGUGGCUGCGCUAUGGAGUCCUGUGGGUUCAGCGGGGUUUAUGGCGAGCUGAGAAGGCAUGCUAGGAAAGAGCACCCCUCUGUGCGUCCAUCAGAGGUCGACCCUGAACGACAACGAGAUUGGCGGAGGUUGGAGCAACAGCGCGAUCUUGGCGACCUGUUCAGCAUGUUUCGGUCGCCCAUCGCUGGAGAGGAGGAUGGCAUCGGCGUCAUCGGGGACGAUGAAGAGUUAAGUGGCGGUACAAUCCCAUUUCCCUCGAUCACAGUUUUCUUGAUUGUACAGGUGACUCGAGCAGGAGGUAUGGGUUCCCCACGACCAUCUUUGCGUUCCUCGAGGAGCUCCUCGAGAGGUUCCUCACGGAGCCGAAGAGGAAGGGGAAUGAUCCUGUGGGAAGAGACCUUCAGCGAGCAGGAGUCCUCCGGCAGACCAACCAGCAACGGUAUUGAUGAUGCGGACGAUGAUGGUAAUGCCAGCAGAGCUGAGGAUGCGCCUGUUGCUUCUCGACAAGGCCAGGGGAGACGCCGGCGGCAGCUGAGGAUGUCGGACAAUGACGACGAGGAGGACGAUGAAGAUGAGUUGCUGUGAUUGUAGGGUUGUUGCCGUGUCGUAUUUUGGGUGUGUCGAGCUGGGGGGGGAAUCAGCCACUUCUCACCGUUGAACCUUGGGAGCUAGCUGCUUCACCAUUAAUUAAACAUGGGAAGGUAGCUGCUUCUGUGCUUCUUCGCCAUUGAACAUUUUGGGGACCUGUUUUCGAGGGAUCUGAAACCUUAAAAGAGAAGAAAAGAUUGUGAAUAAUAUUGCUUCAUCGAAGAAUUCGAACAUGGAAUGUGGGAUUCUGGUUUGGAUAUUA